AAAUGACAGAAGUCACAUAGCUGCAUGCACAUUUAGAGGCUAUUAAUGGGCUGCUUGGACUGGACUGGAUGAAGACGCUUUCAGACUCUGGACGUGAGUGUGUGUGUGUGUCUAUAGGUCAGCACUGUGAUCUGUUAGAGGUAGUUUUAUCCACGAAAAAUGCAUCUUGUGGACUGCAAUUCCUUCUUAGAUUUGGAAAAUAUAAUCCAAAUCAUGCAUUGUAAGGUUAGAGUGUGAGAUAAACGGUGGCCACUGACAUGUGCAUGCUGAUACUAUCUAUUGUUAUUAUUGUGUUUAUUAAUAAUCUAAAUAAUAUUUCCCUUUUGCCAGGUGACAGCUAGUGGCUACCCCAUGGAGAAAUACGAAAAACUGGCCAAAAUUGGUGAGGGCUCCUACGGUGUGGUGUUCAAGUGCAGACACAGAGACACUGGGCAGAUAGUCGCCAUCAAGAAGUUUGUGGAAUCUGAAGAUGACCCGGUCAUUAAGAAGAUUGCACUGCGAGAAAUACGUAUGCUGAAGCAGCUGAAACACGUGAAUCUGGUCAACCUGCUGGAGGUCUUCAGGAGGAAACGACGGCUCCACUUGGUGUUUGAGUUCUGCGAACAGACGGUCCUGAACGAGCUGGACAAACACCCCCGAGGGGUGCCGGAGGCUCAGCUGAAAAGCAUAGUGUGGCAAACUCUGCAGGCUGUUAACUUCUGCCACAAGCACAAUUGCAUCCAUCGUGAUGUAAAGCCAGAGAACAUCCUCCUCACCAAAACCGGAGUCAUCAAGCUCUGCGACUUUGGCUUCGCCCGCAUUCUGACGGGACCAGAGGACGACUACACCGACUACGUAGCGACCCGCUGGUACCGGGCCCCCGAGCUGCUGGUCGGGGACACCCAGUACGGACCGCCUGUGGAUGUCUGGGCUCUGGGCUGCGUCUUUGCUGAGCUGCUUCAUGGGAAUCCACUCUGGCCUGGGAAGUCUGACGUCGACCAGCUCUACCUCAUCCGAAAAACUCUUGGUGACCUGAUCCCUCACCAUCAACAGGUCUUCCGCUCCAACGUUUUCUUCAGUGGAGUCAGUAUUCCUGAACCCGACACAACGGAGCCCUUAGAAAAGCGCUUCCACGGUGUGUCUCCUUAUGCCCUUCAGGUUAUGAAGUCAUGCCUGGUGAUGGACCCCUCUCUGCGGCUGUCCUGCGAGGAGCUUCUGGAGCUGCCGUACUUCCAGGAGGAAGGAGCCAACUGGGGCCGCGAGGGUGAACGCCCAGGAAGACGACACGACAGAGGCUCCAGGCGCAGACAGGCAGGGGCUCAGUAUCUGCCUCAGUUACCAAACAGCAACAUCUCACCAGCACCGGACGUCAAGAAGCAAGUGAAGCAUAAAUACCACCUGCCCAACAUUUAACAAGCAAAAUGUGAAUGAUGGACGUAUGUGGAAUGAUUUGAAUUCAUUCCAAUUUGAAGAUGCAUAAAGUCUUGUUGCGCUGAAUGAAAAAGAUUUAAAUUCUUGGGCUACUUUCACUUCUACAGAAAAUUUCACUCAACAUUCUUUACACAACAAACAACCGUCUGGACGUGGGGUUAAGCAGUUUCAUAACCAACGAAUGUCCAACCCAUGCAGUCAGUGCUGAUGACAACUUGCACCUAAAGCAAUGGGUACUGCAUUUUUACACUUCUAUAAAUAGGAUAUAAAAUAUUUCAUAGUCACCCGUGUGCCAUCGUCACUUGGACUCAUGUACUAUAGUUUUCUUGCACAUCCAUUGAUAACUGAUCUCCAUGAAGGCUGAAUCUGGCUUUAAAAUACAGGCUACGCUUUAUCUUAUUAAUUAGUUUGAUUCUAGUCAAUAACACAUAAUUUUAAUAGUUUUUAUUUUCUGAUAUAUAAAUAUAGUAUGAAUAAAUGUAUUUAGCCUUAGAUUCAGUAAAUAUGUUGUAAAUAUUGUAUUAUAAAGCAAAAUAUACAGUACAAUAUAUAAUGCUGUAUAUCUGAUGUUUAACUUCCGGUCUGAUUAAGGUUUGAUAAAAACCUGCCAUGAUAGCUGAUAAUUUGAUGGGUUCUUAACACGCUGCAGCUGCAGUUUCAACAGUGAUCUCCAAAGUCUGACACGAUGGACAUCCGCUCGGACACAAGACAAUGAUCCACUGGAUCAUGCAUCAGCACAGUGACAAGCUGACACACUGCUUGACCGAUCACCUGACCUCGAACUUAUCAGAUUACAGAACAGAACUCCUUGUUGUACAUCACUGUGCAAGGUACUGUAAACCAGCAGGUUUUACUCUGGUUUUCAGGGCGCUACGUCUGGUCACGCGACGACUGAUGGAAUUUGAACAAAACAUUCAGUAUUUCUUGUUUACCAAUAAAACGGAUGAGAAUGCAA